UACUCAUUCAACGCUAGCCCCUCCGUACGGCAGUGCGCUGUGGUGUGUGCUUGUUGUUACAGGUGACAAAUCAGCAAACAGCAGCUCGGUGGACCCAUGAUGAUGGACCAAGCUAAUUCUCAGCUACACAAUCGAUGCGUGUAAGGUUGCAAGUAUUGAACAUGUGGACAAAGGCAAACAUAGUACACCUGUUUGGCAUUGACACCGUCUCUGCGUGGUGCGUCCAAAUUUUCGUCUAACGGCCGGUUGACCUGCGACAUAUGCGAACGCUCGCGGCGCCGCUACUCGCGCGGUGAUCUACCCCGGGUCAAUUCUAGUGAUAUGCUCGGUCUUUCAACUUCGGCCUAAGCGGAUGCAGGCACAGGAACACGAGAAUCCGUGCCGAACGCAAAACCCGUUGAGUUGUGUAGAAAUCCCAAGGCCGACCAGUUGUGGCUAUCACGUCCGGAAUCGGCAAUCCCUACUCGCGACGUUCUGCGAAUACGACCGGUGAUUUCCAGCCGUUUGAUCGGUUAAUCGAUUCCUCGCGUCGAUUUACUCCGCUGUCGCCAGCCACAAAGACGUCGCGUAUGGGCUAUCGUGUGUAUGCGAGUCCUCGCGAGAUGGUGCCCAUCGUGGACGUCGUGACGAGCAUCCCUACUAGCGCACACCCUCCCAGCUGGACCUCUUCACUUUCGUCGAGGAGGCUGGAGAUGUGCGCAUCUUCGUGAUUUGGCGUGUUAGCCUCCAGCACAGCCCAGCUGCUUAUGUCAUUUGUGUUUGAUGUCGCGCGUCGUGCGGUUCGCGCCAAGUUUGCGGAUCCUCUCCAGCGCGAGCGCACGCGGGCUCGCGCAUUUUUCAACAGCUAAUUAAUCACCAUAGAGCCGCUGCGAUCAGUAGCUCCUCGUGUAAUCGGUCAAGGAGCGACGUGUAAUUAUCGUGACAAUUGAUUGGUGCUUCGUUAACAUGAAUACCCUUUCAGUGUGUAGUGAGUGACCUUUCUCAAUUGAAAUCGGUUACAAAAUCGUCGGUGCUUGGAUUCGUUUGUUCUUGCAAUUGUUACAAAAUGAUCAAGCUGUUAGUGAAAAGAAGCACAAUGUUUAGUUCUCGAAAUUGGAACUUCCUGAUUGGAAUCGUGUGUGGCUGGAUGCUGUCCCUUUUUCUGUCAAACCAGGGUCACCUCUCAUAUGCGCCCGUUAAAACAAGCCAAAUGGUUAAUUUAACAGAUAGUGUGCGUGUGCUGUGCUGGGUAAUGACGACUCCGGAAAACCAUCAGGAGAAGGUGGUCCAUCUUAAGGCUACCUGGGGUGCUCGCUGCAACAAGCUGCUCAUCAUGAGCUCGGUGGCAGACGAAUCGAUCGGUAGCAUUGCGCUACCGGUGAAGGAGGAAGGCCGGCAAAGUUUGUGGAACAAGACGCGUGAAGCCUUCCGGUACAUCUAUCACCACCAUCUGGCCGAGUACGAUUGGUUUCUCAAGGCGGACGAUGAUACCUAUGUAGUGCUGGAGAACCUACGCUACUUUCUCCAUCCGUUCUCGCCCGAGAUGCCGAUCUACUUCGGCAGCAAGUUUCGCUAUCCGGAGUACGUUAAGCAGGGCUACUUUUCCGGUGGUGCCGGGUACGUGCUGAGCCGUGAGGCCGUAAGACGCUUCAACGAGAUGGCACUCGAGGAUGAGGAGCAUUGUUCGGUGGCUUACGAUACCGAGGAUCUUGAAAUGGGAAAAUGUAUGGAGUACGUGAACGUGACGGCGGGGGACUCCCGGGAUGAGCUGGGGAGGAAGCGCUUUCUUCCGAUGGAACCCGUUUUCCAUCUGACCAGCUCGGUGACGGAGGAUCCGGACUUUUGGUAUAACAAGUACUCAUACUACGAACCGUACUAUGGCAAAAACUGUUGUUCAAGUUUAGCUAUCAGCUUCCACUAUGUGCCGGGUAAGCAUAUGCACAUGAUGGACUAUCUGAUCUACGAUCUGCACGCCUGGGGAUCACGGUACGAGUCUCCGGCCCUUCCGAGAGCGAAAACCCUGGAGCAAGCGUUGUCCAUCGCUGGACCCUAUCCCAUUAGUACGAUGCAUCCGAUCCUGCAAGACUCCAGUAGCGUGGACUCAGUUACUACCGUAGGCUCUUCUGCUAAUGAGAUGGUAUCGAGCAGCAGUGUGCGGAGUAGCGAAAUUAAUUAGAAAUAUGUGUGCUAAUGUUGUUUGUAAAAAGAAACGCAACAAAAUUCAACUAGUCAUAGUGUAGUGGCCGUCGCUUGCUGGUUGCAUAAUUUAGGCAAUGUUUUAUUGUGUUUUGGUUUAAGAAUUCGCAUUACAACGAAUAAAUUUAUCAAAAAGCGAAACAUUGAUCAUUUACAAUGUACUAAAGACAAAGCUCAGAGCAAUAUGACACUUAAAAAUGUAACAUAGCCUGAAAUAUUUUACUAGACAU